AUGGCUUCGGAAGACACUGGUAGCUCUGUUUUUAUGGCCAUUUGUUCUUAUGGUAGCGAAGCUGUGAUUAUUUCCAUCUCAAAAGACACAAUUCUUGAUCAAAUUUUUAAGGAAAUAGUUGAAAGGUGGAGACAUUUAUCUUCUACAAUGAUAGAAGUUAAGUUUUAUAUUCCAAACAAGUCUAAAAUGCUUGUUACGCUUAUGAGCGAUAAGGAUGUUCGUAACAUGCAUGAAAAACACGUCAACUUAAAUGCCAAGGUGAUCGAGAUGGUUGUUACUCAUUCUCCAACCUUGAUCGAAGGUGCUGCUGUGGUAAUUGAGAGUGGCUCAUCGCAUUGUGCUGAAAUCAGUUCGAGAGGGAAAAAUAUUUCGAAGGGUAGCUCAAGUAGUUUUGGUCAAGUUGUUGAAGAAACAAGAGCCGCAAUUGAAGAGGAAGCAAGUCAAAAAAAUUCGUUGGAUGAUUGGAAAAAUAGUAUAGAGGGUGUUGGUCAGGAGUUCAUGAAUGUGGAAACUCUACGUGACACCAUUCGCAACUAUUGCAUUGCAAAUUGCAGGGAUUUUGUCUUCGUGAAGAACGAUCGUGAUCGAGUUACUGUAGAAUGUGUUUAUGAAGGUUGCGAAUGGCGUAUUCAUGCUUCUCGCCUUGGGAAUGGUGAAAAGUUUGCAAUUAAAAAAAUGCACUGUAACCACACAUGUGGAGGAGGAUUGCAAGUGCGGUCUCAUCCAAAGGCUUCAAAACGUUGGGUUUCCAAAAUUGUUAAAGAUCGACUUCAAGAUAUGCCGUUAUAUAAGCCGAGUGAUAUUGUAAAGGAUAUUCGACGACAAAAUGGUGUUGAAUUGCCGUAUCAUCAAGCUUGGCGUGGUAAGGAGAUGGCCAUGAUGGAUCUUUAUGGUAACAGCCGGCUAUCUUAUGAACGGAUUCGCUGGUAUUGCGAUGCCAUUCGUCAGACCAACCCCGGCAGCAUUGCAGAGUAUGAAACAAUUGAUGGUCGAUUCAGACGUCUAUUCAUUUGUUUUCAUGCUUCACUAAUGGGUUUCAUAAAAGGAUGUCAUCCUCUGAUUUUUAUGGAUGGCACAUUUAUAAAGCAUAAGGAUGGAGGUGUAUUGCUUGGAGCCACUUCGAAAGAUGGAAAUGAUGAUAUGUUUCCUAUAGCUUAUGGUGUUGUAGAUACAGAAUGUGAUGAAAAUUGGGAAUGA